AGCUUCGUCUCCAUUCAACUCUCGAUCCCGAUCGCUCUCGUGCGCGCACCAUCGACCCCUCUCUCCCCCGCCGCGCGCGGUGGCGCCGCCUCCCUCCUCCGCCGCUCCUAUCCCCAAUGGAUCUCUUGGAGAACCCCCUCAACCCUAACAAGCGCCUCAAAGAAGAAUUCGUGAGCAACCUAACAGGCUCUUCUUUGCUCGAGAUCGCCGCGCUCUCCACCAUCGUCCCUGUUUUGAUAGUGCUCAGGAAAUGGAGUAGCUUUAGCCGAGCAAAUGGUAGUUAUGUUUAUGCUGGAAAAGGCACAGCAAAGAAGGAUGAUGAUGUAACUUUGCAUCGUAAAGAUUGGUGGAGCUGCAUGGUUGCAUUGAUUGUGGAUUAUUUCUGCGUCAUUCUUCCGAUUCUUCUCAUUUUUACGGUUCUUUCAGAGUGGGCUUAUAUCUGUACAAUAGUUCUGAUACUUCUCUUGUCCUUUGCCAUUAUAGUUAACAGAUCUGGGUUUCAUUAUAAGGCAGGAUCACAACAUUCUUCUACUCUUCGAACAGUUAUUUCAUCUUACCGAGUAUCAGUGGUGGUAGUGACAUGCUUGUGCAUACUGGCUGUGGACUUCAAAAUCUACCCUCGACGCUAUGCCAAGACUGAAACUUAUGGUACUGGUUUGAUGGAUCUAGGAGUAGGCUCCUUUGUGGUGGCAAACGCAUUGGUAUCUCGACAAGCACGGAAUUUGAACUCAGUGAGGUGGAUGGAUGUGCUUCGAUCCGUAAGUCCGCUAGUAAUCCUGGGUUUUGGUCGGCUCAUUUUCACAACAGGUGUAGAUUAUCAGGUUCAUAUUGGCGAGUAUGGUGUUCAUUGGAACUUCUUUUUCACACUUGCGGCUGUUUCUAUCCUGACAUCCAUCAUAAGCAUCCGUCCCAAUUAUUGUGGAAUACUUGGUUUACUAAUUCUUACAGGGUAUCAGAUGAUCUUGGCACUUGGGUUAAGUGAAUACUUGAUCUCUAAUGAAAGGAAGGCUCAUAUCAUCAGCCAAAAUAAGGAAGGCCUUUUCAGUAUAUUUGGAUACUGGGGCAUGUAUCUAAUUGGUGUCUUUCUCGGAUAUCAGCUAUUCUUCGCAAAUUAUUCAUCAGCCAAGGAUGGAAAUAUGCAUUCAGCAAGAGUUAAAAUUUGGUUUCUUUCUGCAUUGUUCUGGUUGAUAACUGUCAUUCUCGACAAAUAUGUGGAAAGAGUUUCCCGACGGAUGUGCAACUUGGCCUACGUCACACUUGUUUUUGCUCAAAAUUUCCAGGUGUUAUCUAUUCUCACUCUAGCAGAUUUAUUUUCUGCUGAGAGGAACUUAGUUCUUGAAGACGCAUUUAAUCAAAACAUGCUUGGAUCAUUUCUUGUGGCGAAUGUCCUAACUGGUUUGGUAAACUUAUCGAUCGACACCCUUUCCACCUCUUCCAUGAUGGCAUUCGCUAUUUUGGCGGCGUAUUCUUUUACCUUAUCUGUUGUUGUUGGCCUCGCAUGGUUUUAUGGCCUCAAAGUGAAAUUUUGGUAAAAAUUGAACUUCUUUCAUAGUGUUUCCUGUGUUGUAAAAUAUUUUGCCUACUGAUUUUUUUUUUUUUGUUGGAACUGUGAUUCAUAUCCAAUAGAUUGCUGGCUCUUUUUUUUCUUUUUUUUCUUUUUUUUGAGAAGCUAAUCUUUGACAUUUGUACUUAAUGAAGCAGCAUUAAUGGUUUUUGGAAGGA